CCUGUGUUCCAGAGCCUGGCCCAGCUAGAGAACCUGUGCAAGCAGCUCUAUGAGACCACGGACACCGCGACACGGCUGCAGGCAGAGAAAGCCUUGGUGGAGUUCACCAACAGCCCAGACUGCCUGAGCAAGUGCCAGCUGCUUCUGGAGAGAGGCAGUUCCUCCUACUCCCAGUUACUGGCAGCCACUUGCCUUACCAAACUGGUGUCACGCACAAACAACCCUUUGCCACUGGAGCAGCGAAUAGAUAUCCGGAAUUAUGUCCUCAACUACCUUGCCACGAGGCCCAAGCUGGCAACGUUUGUCACCCAGGCCCUGAUCCAGCUCUAUGCCAGGAUCACCAAGUUGGGUUGGUUUGACUGUCAGAAGGAUGAAUAUGUCUUCAGGAACGUCAUCACAGAUGUCACAAGGUUUUUACAGGAUAGUGUAGAGCACUGCAUCAUAGGAGUGACAAUCCUGUCCCAACUAACGAAUGAAAUUAAUCAAGCGGAUACCACCCACCCCCUGACCAAGCACAGGAAAAUUGCCUCUUCCUUCCGGGAUUCCUCCUUGUUUGAUAUUUUCACACUGUCAUGCAACUUGCUGAAACAGGCUUCUGGGAAGAACCUGAACCUGAACGAUGAGAGCCAGCACGGGCUGCUCAUGCAGCUGCUCAAGCUCACCCACAACUGCCUGAACUUUGAUUUCAUUGGCACCUCCACAGAUGAGUCCUCAGAUGAUCUUUGCACUGUGCAGAUCCCAACCAGUUGGAGAUCAGCAUUCUUGGAUUCUUCGACCCUUCAGUUGUUUUUUGAUCUUUAUCAUUCCAUCCCUCCUUCAUUCUCUCCUCUGGUGUUGUCCUGCCUGGUGCAGAUUGCCUCUGUGCGCAGGUCCCUCUUCAACAACGCCGAGAGGGCAAAAUUCUUGUCUCAUCUCGUUGACGGAGUUAAACGAAUACUGGAAAACCCCCAGAGCCUGUCAGACCCCAACAACUACCACGAGUUCUGCCGCUUGCUGGCACGAUUGAAAAGCAACUACCAGCUGGGAGAGCUGGUGAAGGUGGAGAACUACCCCGAGGUCAUUCGUCUCAUCGCCAACUUCACCGUCACCAGCCUGCAGCACUGGGAGUUUGCUCCCAACAGUGUUCACUACCUGCUGAGCCUGUGGCAGCGCCUGGCAGCGUCCGUGCCCUACGUGAAGGCCACUGAGCCUCACAUGCUCGAGACAUACACCCCAGAGGUCACCAAGGCUUACAUCACAUCCAGGCUGGAGUCUGUGCACAUCAUCCUCAGGGAUGGCUUGGAGGACCCCCUGGACGACACUGGCCUCGUGCAGCAGCAGCUGGACCAGCUCUCCACCAUCGGCCGCUGCGAGUACGAGAAGACAUGUGCUCUACUGGUGCAGCUCUUCGACCAGUCAGCCCAGUCCUACCAGGAGCUGCUGCAGAGUGCCACUGCCAGCCCCAUGGACGUGGCUGUGCAGGAAGGGCGCCUGACGUGGCUGGUGUACAUCAUCGGGGCCGUGAUCGGUGGUCGGGUGUCCUUCGCCAGCACGGACGAGCAGGAUGCCAUGGAUGGAGAGUUGGUCUGUCGGGUGCUGCAGCUGAUGAACCUGACGGAUUCCCGCCUGGCACAGGCUGGGAAUGAGAAGCUGGAACUGGCCAUGCUCAGCUUCUUCGAGCAGUUCCGCAAGAUCUAUAUCGGAGAUCAGGUGCAGAAGUCUUCCAAGCUGUACCGCCGCCUGUCCGAGGUGCUGGGGCUCAACGACGAGACCAUGGUCCUGAGUGUCUUCAUAGGAAAGAUCAUCACCAACCUGAAGUACUGGGGGCGAUGUGAGCCGAUCACCUCCAAGACUCUGCAGCUGCUCAAUGACCUCUCCAUUGGAUACAGCAGUGUGAGGAAGCUGGUGAAGCUGAGCGCUGUGCAGUUCAUGCUGAACAAUCACACGAGUGAGCACUUUUCCUUCCUGGGCAUUAACAAUCAGUCCAACCUGACUGACAUGAGGUGUCGGACGACGUUCUACACUGCACUGGGACGUCUGCUCAUGGUGGAUUUAGGGGAAGAUGAGGAUCAAUAUGAGCAGUUCAUGCUUCCCCUCACAGCUGCCUUUGAGACUGUGGCACAGAUGUUCAGCACAAACACUUUCAAUGAACAAGAGGCAAAAAGAACUCUGGUGGGUUUGGUGAGAGACCUGAGGGGAAUAGCCUUUGCCUUCAAUGCCAAGACAAGCUUCAUGAUGCUGUUUGAGUGGAUUUACCCAUCCUACAUGCCCAUCCUGCAGAGAGCCAUUGAGCUCUGGUACCACGACCCAGCCUGCACCACACCUGUCCUCAAACUGAUGGCUGAGCUGGUCCAUAACAGGUCCCAACGGCUGCAGUUUGACGUGUCCUCCCCCAACGGGAUCCUCCUUUUCAGAGAGACCAGCAAGAUGAUAACAACCUAUGGAAAUCGUAUCCUAACCCUUGGGGAGGUCCCAAAGGAUCAAGUUUAUGCUUUGAAGCUGAAGGGCAUCUCCAUCUGCUUCUCCAUGCUGAAGGCUGCGCUGAGCGGGAGCUACGUCAACUUCGGCGUGUUCCGACUGUAUGGGGAUGAUGCCCUGGACAAUGCCCUGCAGACCUUCAUCAAACUCCUGCUCUCCAUCCCCCACAGCGACCUCCUGGAUUAUCCCAAGCUCAGCCAGUCAUACUAUUCCUUGCUGGAAGUUCUUACCCAGGACCACAUGAACUUUAUAGCCAGUCUUGAGCCUCAUGUAAUCAUGUAUAUUCUCUCUUCCAUUUCAGAAGGCCUCACUGCACUAGACACCAUGGUUUGCACAGGCUGCUGCUCCUGUUUGGACCACAUUGUCACUUAUCUCUUCAAGCAACUGUCCCGCAGCACCAAGAAGAGGACAACCCCCCUGAGCCAGGAGAGCGAUCGCUUCCUGCACAUCAUGCAGCAGCACCCAGAGAUGAUCCAGCAGAUGCUCUCCACAGUGCUGAACAUCAUCAUCUUUGAGGACUGCAGGAACCAGUGGUCCAUGUCUCGCCCUCUGCUCGGCUUGAUCCUGCUCAAUGAAAAGUAUUUCUCUGACUUGAGGAACAGCAUAGUGAACAGCCAACCUCCAGAGAAGCAGCAGGCCAUGCACCUCUGCUUCGAGAACCUCAUGGAAGGCAUCGAACGCAACCUGCUGACCAAGAACAGGGACAGGUUCACCCAGAACCUGUCAGCGUUCAGGCGAGAGGUGAACGACUCCAUGAAGAACUCAACCUACGGCGUCAACAGCAACGACAUGAUGAGCUGACGUCUCCCACCUCCACCUGUACAGAGCAGCAUCUCCUCGGCCUGGCCCAGAGGGGUUCCCAUUCCCCAUGGAAAGCAAAGAGAGGGCGUUCCCAAUCCCUGCUCUUCCCUAGGGCUGGAUUGUCGCUUUGGCCCGAGGGAGGAGGAAGCAGGAGGUUGAGCUCACCUGGGCAAGGUGCUUCUGUUUCCAUGGGAGGGGGGUGGAAGGGCAUAACCAGGAGCCAGAUUCCAAGGUGUCCCUGUGGAAUGUCCCUGUGGAACCCAGGGCUCUGCUGCAGCUGCCUUGUAUAAACAUGUACAUUUUUUCAUAACAUUUUGAACAAGGUUUAUAUUGACUCGAGUUUAAA